AUGAAGACUAAGCAAUCAACAUAUUUAGGCAAAGAAAAGUGGAAGAGGCUCGGUCAUACGGAAGUCGUAUGGAACAGCUUAGAUCCGGAAUUUGCGCGAAAAAUUCCAUGCGAUUAUUUCUUCGAGGAGCGGCAAAAAAUGAAAUUCGAGAUAUACGACGUGGACAGUUCGACUAGCAAAAUGGAAAAACACGAUUAUCUCGGCUUUAUGGAAUGCUAUCUGGCUGAGAUUGUUAGUGUGCGGACGUUUACAAAAGAACUAGAAGGACUUCCUGGAAAUUGCGGCUCGAUCACAGUAACUGCAGAGGAAGUGGAUGCGGAUUGCGGAGGCGAUGCUGAGUUCCAUAUAAGGGCUCACAAACUCGAUCGAAGGCAUUUUAUCUGCCCUACGGAUCCAUUUUUGAAGAUCUACAGGAUCCUGGAUGAUCAUGGGUAUGUUACUGAGGUGAUAAAAUAG